UAGUGUCAAAUAAUUUAUUACUAAAUAAUCUAAAUACCUAUACUAUGUUAGUAACUUUGUAGCUUGUGUUCCACCUAUGUCAGAUUCAUUUGUAUUUAUUUGUAUUAUUCAAUUACAUGUAAUACUCUGAUAUUGUCGUUAGUACAAAAGUCAUUAAUAAUGUUUUCUGCUCUUAAAAAAUUAACAAAAAGUGGCGAUGAUCGCUGUCCAGCACCAAUGCCGAUGUCGUCUUCUUUACAGAAGAAAUUCUCAAGAGGCGUGCAUUUUAAUAUGAAAAUUUUAAUAAAAGGAGAUAGAAAUGUUGGCAAAUCUUGUCUCUUACAACGUCUACAAGGUGGAGCAUUUACAGAGGAAUAUGUUCCUACAGAGCAGAUUCAAGUUGCUCCGAUACACUGGGCUUAUAAAAACACUGAUUAUAUAGUAAAAGUUGAAGUAUGGGAAGUGGUGGAUAAAGGACGCACAAAGAAGAAACCUCCCCUUGGGCUUAAGCUUGAAAACCAGUCAGCACCAUCAGCAAUGGAGGAAGAACAUGAAACUCCGGUAUUAGAUGCUACAUUUCUGGAUGUCUACAAAAAUGCUACAGGUGUCAUACUAAUGAUGGACAUAACCAAACCAUGGACUUUUGAGUAUGUGGUAAAGGAGCUAACGCGUAUACCAGCGGAUUUGCCUGUUGUUAUACUGGGCAACCACUGUGACAUGCAACACCAUCGCCAAGUGCAUCCUCAUCACAUAGAACAAGCCAUGCAUCAUGCUAAGAUGACAAGGACAGCUCCAAUCCGUUAUGCAGAGUCUUCGAUGCGAAAUGGUUUCGGUUUACGAUUACUACACAAAUUUCUAAGUGUGCCAUUUCUAAGACUACAAAAAACGAGCUUAUUGGAACAGUUGCAAAGAAAUCAGAAGGAUAUGGAGGAAAUUGAGAGAGAACUUGAUGAUUUUCAGAAUUCCGAAGAAUCCCAGUAUAAUAUAUUCCUGGAUCGUCUGGCGAAUAAGCGUAGACAGAGUACUGAGCCCGAGACUCGUAUCAGUACAGAACGCUCGCCGAGCAUUGUGCUUGGAGGUGGAAAACCUAUUAUUCCACCAAGUGUCAAUCCACUUUUAGCACAAGCCCUUAAUCCGAAUGCAGGAAAAAUAAAUAUCAAUGAAAAUAUACAGGUGAAACAAAGUCAAUACGUAAGCUCGGAGUUAUUAAAAAGUAAACCCCCGGUUAGUAUGGACAUGACACCGUCAAAGUUACCUCAAGACAGUAUUCCCAGCACACCAUCCGGUAACAACAUAUCUAUGUCAGGGUCCUCGGGAGCUUUGGACGAGUUCUACGCUGGCACCUUGGAUAGCAGUUUCCUAGAAGACCUUGGACCGAUUAGUAAUAAUAACCAGGAAACUACCUAUGACAAUGAUAGCGACGAUGAUAACACAAUAAAUCCAAAAGUAAUCGUAGAUGAAGACGAUCUAGACAUUGAGAGCAGUCCACAGAUAAAAACUAAAACGGGCAUAGACAAUUUAGAUAUUGAAUCAAGGUCAAAACAUGAAGAUAAUUUAAGAAAUGAUUUUAUGAAACAAGCCGUCAUAAGUAAAGACCACGAAGGGAAUAGCAUGUCUGUAUUAAGUAAUCAGAAUAUUAAUAUCCCUAGCGACUUCCCGCUGUGGGCUGGGGAUUCAAGUGUGAGAAGAUCUCCUGAAGGUGGCGAAGAUCCAGAUAUAGCAAAAGAACCAGAUCUGAAGGCUGACAAAAAGCAUAAAAAGAAGAAAUCAAAAGAUAAAGAAAAGGGCGAUUAUAGCGAUAAAUCUGAACGUAAGGAGAGAAAACAUAAGCAUAAAAAGGCAAAAGGUGAAAAACAGCCGCACCCACAGGACGGACUGCUGGCGCCCUCUGCGAGCGCUGGGUUUAAUUACGAAGACUACGAUAGCAUUUAAUGUCGCUAUAUUUCAUGUCUACUGUGCUUACAGAUGUAUGUGUAACAAUUAUUAUUACAGAAGUUAUAAUUAUGGCGGAACUUCACUUGGUAACCUGUUCGCGUAUUUGCAUUGAUUAUCUGAGCACGGUAAUUACAAUAGCGGCAAAGAUCAAUAAACAAUGUUGACCCUCGAAUGUGAAGUAAAUAGUUAAGGUUUUUUUUUAUUUUUUAUAAUGUAUAAAUGGCAAACGGGACGCAUGUGUGCAAAUCGUGUUUAUGGACCGGAAUACGGAUGGUGAUUAGCAAAAAUAUAUCCUUACACGAACACGCUAUUCUAAGUGAAGUGAUUGCUGCCUUUAAACAGGAAGUAAGAACCAGUCUAUCGCGAUAUACAGACAUAAUCGACUGAAUACCAUAGAGAUUUAUGUUGUUCAUAUGUAUUAUUUUCUGAAUAAUGACGUUUACACUUGCAUAAAAUAUAUAUAUAAACGUAAAUUUCAUCUCGUAUUUAUGUAUCACAUAAGGGGGAGGUU